AGAAGAAGAAGAAGAUUACGAAAAUUGUGUCACGAGCUUCCUGUGUUCUCAAUAAUUUGUUCUGAGUCGUCAGUUCGUAGUUGAAAUUGUAUAGGUGAAGUAAAGAGAGAAAUACAUUUGUAGUUAAAAAAGCAAGAAUGGAUGCACAUAUCCAUCCUGAAACACUAGAGGAGAAGCCUCCUGAAUUCCUAUCGAGUUGGAUUUAUUUGGGAAAAACAUUUAUUCAACAUAAUGGCUGGCUUUUACUUGGUGCUGGUGUCAUACUUUGCUGUCUGUGGAUAAGAAUGAAGUCAUACAUUGAAAAAUUUAGGGAACAACAGGAAGAAAGAAGAUAUGCUGCUUUGUGGCAUAAGAAUCCUGAUUUAGUUCAUGCCCGCCAAGAAGCUAUGGAAGCAGCAAGGCUGAGAUUUCAAACUGAACAUGAUAAAAAAGCCAACCAACAUGCUGAAAAAAUGAAAGAGCGUGAUGCAAAGAAGAGAGAAGAAUAUCUUGGAAAGCAAGGAGAAAGAGUGCCAGUUCGAGUUGGUUACAGACUAUCAGACCAGACCAGCUCUUCAAACAAUGAAGGGCAGACACAAACAAAAUCUUCAUACCGACCAGAUUACAAUCCACUGAUGGGAGCAGGUGGGUCUGGUGGCUACAGACCUCCUCGGCGCACCUGUCCAGGUGGUGGCUGUGGAUAAAUACUGGAAGUGAGUGAAAGUGCCUGCUGACAAUCUCUGUAGCGUUACUUGGCUCACAAACAUACCCAUGAAGUCAAAACUAUUCCUCUGUUAUCUAACAGACAACUGACUACAUUUGUGCUUAUUUACAUUGGUGUGUGUAAGUACUUAAUUGAUGCUUAUUUAUAAAAGUGGUGAAUUGUGUGCUGUUAACAGCUUCUAGUGUUCUGGCUAACUAUAUGCUGGUCUUCAAAUUGUGGUUCCACGCAUUUUUUGUGAAACAUGUGCUGCUUGUACUGGGAUAUUGUAUUGUCAUGCUAUGUAGUGAUAUUAUUACAGAUUUGUUAUAUUGUAGGUAAGAACUUUAUGACAUCAUUUCAAAUAUUUAGAUUUGCUUUCAACAUUUCUGUGAAUUUUGCAAAAACAGUGAACAGUGAAACGUAUAUAGUUCUGAAUGAAGCUGUUCUUGCUUUUUUUUUUCUCCACAAAACUGUCUAAAGACACUACAUAAAUACUGUACCUUUCAUAAAAUUCACACCUGUUAGCUCUACCAUGUCUGAUUCUUUCUGCAUGUAACAGCUCAAAAACUGCUGGAUGGAUUUUCAUUAAAUUUGAUAUUGGGAGUUUUUCUAAAAUAUGCUGACACAUUCUAACUUUGGUUAAAAAUCUUCAAUAAAUCAACAAUUUGUUACUUGAGUCCUCUGCUGAACACUGGGUUAUUGCAGUUAACAACUCUAAUGUAGCUUUUUCUAGUGGUGCUAUACUCAUUAAGACCCCUUUUAUGCUUGAAUCUUAAGUGUAACUUCCUAAACAUUUAUCAAAGAAAAAAUAUGUGAAUUCAUUUUUAAAGAAAAAUUAUAACAUUUUAUGCUCAUUACACUUUUUAUGUGUCUUAUAGUUUUUAAAAUAAAAAAUUGUGAGUUUUGUGGUGA